CGCCGCUCCGCUGUCUUUUCUCCAGCUCCAGCGCAGCUGCCGGCCCUGGCUGCGGCUUUUUCUGGGCGGGAGGAGGUGCAAGGCCGCCGCGGCCGCCGGGAGCGCCGGCUCCUGGCCCUCUUCACUCGGCGGCGUGGGGCGUGAUUUCUCUUCUGGCGUCUCCGAGAUCGAGUGUGAGGCCAGUCUAGCAGGUCGGCGUGUGCGACCUUUCUGCCGAGGGCGAACCGUGUUGUUGGAGGCUAUGUGUCUCUGAACCAGAGGAGGACGGACGGCGGCGAGCAUGUCGGCCCUGAACUGGAAGCCCUUCGUCUACGGGGGCCUGGCCUCCAUCACGGCCGAGUGCGGUACAUUUCCAAUUGACUUGACCAAGACACGGCUCCAGAUUCAAGGCCAGAAGAAUGAUGCAAACUUUAAAGAAAUUAGAUAUCGAGGAAUGUUGCAUGCGUUAGUGAGGAUAGGCAGGGAAGAAGGCCUGAAAGCACUGUAUUCAGGGAUUGCCCCUGCGAUGCUACGCCAGGCUUCCUAUGGCACCAUCAAGAUAGGCACCUACCAGAGCCUUAAGCGGUUAUUUGUCGAGCGCCCAGAAGAUGAGACCCUUCUGAUAAAUGUGGUCUGUGGAAUUCUCUCUGGAGUCAUAUCCUCAAGCAUUGCUAACCCAACUGACGUUUUGAAAAUACGGAUGCAAGCACAAAACAGCACCCUUCAAGGAGGAAUGAUCGGCAACUUCAUUAACAUUUACCAGCAAGAGGGCACGAAAGGACUGUGGAAGGGCGUGUCCCUUACUGCCCAGAGGGCCGCUAUUGUCGUCGGCGUGGAGCUGCCAGUCUACGACCUCACCAAGAAGCAUCUGAUUCUCUCAGGCCUGAUGGGAGACACCGUGUAUACACAUUUCCUCUCAAGCUUCACCUGUGGGCUGGCCGGGGCCCUGGCCUCAAACCCCGUCGAUGUUGUAAGGACACGCAUGAUGAAUCAGAGGGACCUUCGCGACGGCAGAUGCCCUGGCUACAAAGGUACCUUGGAUUGCUUGUUGCAGACAUGGAAGAAUGAAGGUUUUUUUGCUCUAUAUAAAGGGUUUUGGCCAAAUUGGUUGAGACUUGGUCCUUGGAAUAUUAUUUUCUUUGUGACGUACGAGCAGUUGAAGAAACUGGAUUUGUGACAAGUCAAAACUGCAUGAGACAUCCCUCUGCAAAUGCUCACUUGCGAAAUAGCAAAGCGUCCUGUUUCCCACUGCUCCCCCCUGCUCAGCCCCUCCCAGGUUGUGAGGUGUGAGCAACAGGUGAAGACGGGGUUAGCCGGGAUUGUGGUGUCCUGGCCUUGGACACACCGCACCAAACGUUGAACAGCAUAAACUGUCACCUCCAGACCCCCGACCUUACCAUUCAAGUGCCCUUUGACAUCGAAGAUGAUGCGAGAUGCAUGUCUCCUGGUUGAGAAAACUUGCAUGAAGAUAGCACCCGUGGACCCUCUUCUGCAGGGGAAAGCAGCUCCUGAGCAUCUGAGCUCACGGCUCAAGAAGCUCUUCAGAACCAUGGAUAGCGCCCCCAAGAGGGCGUUUUUUGCUCCUCAACUUCUUGGCUUUGUGUCCACUGAAGAAGUUUCACACACGGCGGGAGACCUGGACUUUUCAACCCCGGGAUUUUGCACUGUUUUAUAAUUUCCUAUUUUUCCCAGACUCUCUCACUUAUAGUGAUUUUUUUUAAGCCUUUGAUGACGGGACCUUGGUGAGGCAUUGUUACAGAGUGCUACUAUCAAAACCCGUGAUGUGGGUAACGUUGGCUCUGAAGGUGGGAGAGUCUGUGUUGGUGGGAGCUGUUUGGAAGCUACUUGGAUUCCGUCUGAGGUCAUGUUUGUGAUCUGUGAUUUCUGGCCAAGGUUUUAUUCCCCCAGUCUGUAAAAUGGGUUGUAAUAAUAUCUAGUGAUAUUGAAGGUUAAGCGAAGAUAACAGUAGCUGCUUGUAUACUUGUAUAUGAGCUCAUGCGCUUGACUUGUAGGAUAAGUGUGUUUGCAUCAUGCUGUCCUGUAGUCACAACCCUAGAACACGUGGUCUGUGGGUGUAGAAGAGGUUCGUUUUAUCUUGGGCUCCUCCUGAGCGAGGUCCUUGGUUAAAAGCCUGGAGAAAGGAAGAGGUUAAGAUUUUAUUACAUUGCCCUUAGCAAAAUGUUGCAGGUGAAUCAAAAAAAAAAAGUUGAUUUCCCCCCCCCCUCGCCCCCAGAUUUCCCACUUUUUAUUUACUUUGGUUCUGGUCACUUUUAUUAAAAUAUUUCCUGUCUUGGACUUGCUCCUCAGUUCGGAUGGAAACUACUUGUUUGAAAUUUGAGCAGUGGUUGUUUGGUGCACCUCUUUAUCUGGAGUUGGAUAAGAAGUAUAUGACGUCUUCUUAUUUUCUUCUUAAGACAGACUAUCAUUCUUCUUUCUCGUCUUCAUCUUCCUCUUUUCAAAAUAAAAAGUGACUCUUUGAGAGCCCCACGACCUUACGCUUCUGGAAGACACCCCCAGGAAAGGGAAUACUUUACUGUUUACUUGAGUACCUUCGGUUCUACCCGUGGAGAAUCACAUUAAAUACACACUCAGGGGUUCCCAUCAUGGUGCAGUGGUUAAUGAAUCUGACUAGGAACCAUGAGGUUGCAGGUUCGAUCCCUGACCUUGUUCAGUGGGUUAAGGAUCCGGCGUCGCCGUGAGCUGUGGUGUAGGUUGCAGACGCGGUUCGGAUCCUGCAUUGCUGUGGCUCUGGCUUAGGCUGGUGGUUAUAGCUCCGAUUUGACCCCUAGCCUGGGAACCUCCAUAUGCCGUGGGAUUGGCCCAAGAAAUGGCAAAAGAAGACCAAAAAAAAAAAAAAAAAAAAAAAUACUCAGAGGAGCUCCAGGACAGACAUUUCUGCAGUUAUGCAGAUUCCCAGCUGGCCCCUGAGCUGCAUGCAUCCACCCUUGAAACACAGGGUUUUUCUUUUUUUGGGGAGGGGGGACUGGGCAAUUUUCCUCCUUGUCACUUUCCCUUUGCCUCUUCCCCCCCCCCCCCCCCCCCCCGGCCUCAAUGUGCUGUGGCUUGAUGUGGAAUCUCCGUUCCCAGGCUAGGGAUUGAUCCCUGGCCACAGCCAUGAAAAUGCUGAAUCCUAACCGAGCAACAACCAAGAAGCCUCCCCCCCACCUUGCCUUCUUUAUUAAUGUUGACUUUGAGGAAGAUUGUGCGGAGCAGAAUUUUAGCUCCAAAACUAAGAGCCAAGACAAAAAACGAAGCAGGUGGAAAGGCCCGACUCAGGUGGGCAUUGAGAUCUGAGCAGCUGUGGACGUGAUGCUGGAGAGGUGAGCCCGUCCAGCCCUCGCCCCUGUCCUGAACCAUUUCUUGAGACUUGUUUUCUUCUUACCAGAACAUUCCACAGAUGCAGUAAGGGCUUUGUGUAGAAAGGCUUUCACUUUUGAGAUCCUUGAGUUUAAGGGAUGACUUUUAUGAGCCACUCGUUUUCUUUUUUAGUGUAGAAAAUGUUCUAAGUAUACAUAUAAUUCCUAAAACAGCAGAAGCAGGUUCGUUUGGAAAACCAUGUUAAGGUUGGAAUGUCACACGAUACUCAUUUCAUCAAUUUAUUCAAAUACGUACAAGCUCAUACCAGGAUGAAAAGAAAGUCAGACCUCACUGCAAAAGUUCAGCGUGUUUUUAAGACAAAAAUGAGCAGUAUUCAGCACAGAUUUAUUAAAUACCUUAUAGAGCAGAGUCUGCCUGUUUAGUUUUUUUCUGCUCUCUGAAAGAGUAAAUGCAGUUGUUGAAGCUUCUGACCAAGAAUGAACUUGAGGAACUGAGCCCACGUUUCUAGGGCUGUGAUGAUAGGUACCCCCGCCCCUUUGGGUACUGCUCCACGUGGCAAAGAGAUUUAGCUUUUAUAACCAAAGUGAAGAAAGUGGAUUUCUUUGGUUUGUUUUUGGAUUUGUGUACCAUUGAUGCUAAGUGUUGCUAAUUGUGAUACCAAAAAAAAAAAAAAAAAAUGACUUCCAUUAGCCAUAUUUAUUCUUGUUUUAGAAAUGGUGUAUAUUAUAUUGGCGUUCCCGUCGUGGCGCAGUGGAAACAAAUCCAACUAGGAACCAUGAGGUUGCAGGUUCGAUCCCUGGCCUCACUCAGUGGGUUAAGGAUCCAGUGUUACUGUGAGCUGUGGUGUAGGUCGCAGACGAGGCUCGGAUCUGAUGUGGCUGUGGCUGUGGUAUAGGCCAUCGGCUGCAGCUCCAAUUUGACCCCUAGCCUGGGAACCUCCUUAUGCUGCGGGUGUGGCCCUAAAAGACAAAGACAAAAAAAAAAAAAAUAGUGUGUAUUAUAUAAAGAUUGUAAAAGUUUUCAUAAGUCUUUAUAUUUCUAUUUUUGCCAUUUCUUGGGAAGCUCCUGCGGCAUAUGGAGAUUCCCAGGCUUAGGGGUCUAAUCGGAGCUGUAGCCACCGGCCUACGCCAGAGCCACAGCAACUCACAGCUCACAGCAACGCCGGAUCCUUAACCCACCAAGCAAGGGCAGGGAUCAAACCCGCAACCUCAUGGUUCCUAGUCGGAUUCGUUAACCACUGUGCCACGACGGGAACUCCAAGUCUUUAUAUUUCUGAGCUUUUUAUUUAAACAUCAUUGGAAUAUGUGGCAUAAACCUGAUUUCACUAUUUAAUAAACUGGAGUAAUAUAUACUAA